CCCCGAGAGAUGCGGGUCCUUCGCGCCUGGAAGAAGAUCUGGGCGAGGAGGGGCGGCCCCCGCCGAGAAUACACGACAGCAUCUCUUCCGUCCCAAGUUGCAGAGCGCCUGGCCUUGUUCCAGAGGUUGAAGGCUGCUGCGGACGAGCGCCAAGCAGAGCGAACCCUCCGGGAGAGGCGUCCAAUUUUGGUCUCCUUGCCAGAUGGCCAAAGCGUCGAGUGCGAGUCCUGGACUACCACCCCUUAUCAGCUGGCCUUGCAGAUCAGCCAGAGUCUGGCCAAGGCCGUGGUAACGGCCCGUGUGAACGGAAUCCUUCAUGACCUGGACCGUCCUCUGGAGGAUGACGCCACUGUGGAGUUCCUGGGGUUUGAUUCUCAGGCCGGCCAAGAGCUCUUCUGGCAUUCCAGCGCCCACCUCCUCGGCGAGGCUGCUGAGCGCUUCUAUGGAGCCCUGCUGUGCCACGGGCCCAGUACCGACGAGGGCUUCUUCUACGACCUGUAUUUGGACGAGGAACGGAAGGUGUCCAGUAAAGACCUCCCUGUCCUGGAAGAACUCUGCAAAGGGACCAUCGCAGCCAAGGUCCCUUUUGAACGGCUGGAGGUGUCCCGGGAGGAUCUGCUGGAGCUCUUCAAGGUUGCCCCAAGGACUCCUAGGCAGACCUCUGGGGAAGAGGUGGCGGAAAGCAGGGCUCCCGGCGUUUGGGGCAGCUGGGGAUCGUGGUCCUCUUGCUCGCAGCCCUGCGGCCUGGGGGUCUUGGAACGGACCCGGAGCUGCCAGUCCCCUUAUCAGCGGGACCCCUGGGCCGGGAGGACGGACGGGGCCCCACGGCCAGCAGGCGUUCAGCAGCAGCAACAGAGAUCCCACUUCGGGGAGCGUCCGCCUCGCCCGUCCGGACGCUGGCCGGCUUUCCCUCUGCGUUCGGACGGUAACUCUUGGCCAGCCUCGUCCGUCUACAGGGGAAACCCCCACGGCUCCACCAACCGCCAUGUCCGUCAGGAGGCCGGGGCCGCCGCGGAAGGAACCGUGCCCGCCUCCCGCUCCGAGGCUCCGAGGGACUCCAACCCCUUCUUCGAGGCCACGCGAUCUUGGGGAACCCCUCUCGUCCGCGAGGGAUUCCCCAGCCAGCCCAGGCCUCAAAGGCCGUCCACUGCUGGGGGCUCCAGGACCCCUGCCCAGAAAGUGAUCCCCUUGUACAAGCCAGCGAGGCAGGGGGGCCGAGAGGGGGGCUGGAGCCAGGAAGAGGAGUCCCCAGGAAGCUGGGCAGCGUCUCCGAUACCGGACCCCCAGGCGGACUGGAGGUCCCGAGUUCGAGAGACCAUCAAGCCUGGAAAAUACGGCUACGGCAGGGUUCCCUUCGCCUUGCCUCUCCACAAGGGGCUCUCCGAAGAGGAGGGCAGCCCCCGUUUUAAGCGGCACCAUGGAGAGAAGACCGGGGAGACCCCGCCUUCCUCCGCCCCCUCCUCGCUCCUUCCGGCAGCCAAAGAGGAGCAGCCCUGGGGCGAAACGCCUUGGAGCCCCGGAGCAGAGCGGCUGGAAGGCCUGGCAGGGGCCCCUGAGGACCCCAUGGGGGCAGCCGUAGGGCUGAAGAGCAGACCUUCUGGGGAAGGGGACUCGGCAGCCCCCAGCAGCCCUCCCCAGCAGGGCCCCCACUCUGCAGAGGAGGAUCCCCGAGGCAACAUCCCGGGGAGGCCCCCAAGACCCCAAGAAGACUCUUCCUCCGCGUCUCAUUCUGGUGGGAGCCGCGUAGCUGCGGAGGGGACUGGGGGCUCCUCUUCUCAAAGACCCCCACCACACGCCCCAAAGGACCUGCGCCGGGCCCCCCCAGUCCCCAAGAGCCACAUCUCUGCUUCCCAAGACAAAGGGCCGGGAAGGGGCCCCAACCCACGGGCCACACCGGGCCGUCCCGCCCGACUCAGCCUGGACCCCCACCUGCCCCCCAGCCGGGCCCGUUCUCGGAACCAGAGGCAGCAGCAGCAGCCGCGGGGGGCUGGCCGUGGCCCCCGGCCCUCCCACCACCUCUUUGUGGACCAGCCUGGCCUCCGUGGCCCCUCCGAGGCCGACAUCUGGCUGCUCCAACGGGGCAGCCCCCUCCCCUUGCAUGCUGGGGGGCAGAGACCGCAGGCGGAGACCCCCCAGUGGAACCUCUACGCCCCCGGCACCGAGACCUUCCACUGCGAGGGGGAGAGCAGACAGUUCAGAGCCUGCAGGCAACAGCCGUGUCCUCCGGACCGCCCAGACCCCCGCACCGUCCAGUGCGCUGCCUACAACGACCAGGAGUUCAUGGGACGUUUUUACCAGUGGGAGCCCUUCACGGAGGUGUGGGGCUCCCGGCGCUGUGAGCUGAACUGCCGUCCCCUCGGCUACCGUUUCUACGUCCGUCACACGGAGAAAGUGCAGGACGGGACUCCCUGCGAGGCCUCGUCCCAGGACAUCUGCGUGGCCGGCCAGUGCCUCACCCCCGGCUGUGAUGGGAUCCUGGGAUCGAAUCGCACCCUGGACGAGUGUGGGGUGUGCGGAGGAGACCACACCGCCUGCAAACUGGUGUCGGGCAACUACAGCGAGACCAACGUGCCCAUCGGCUACCACCGCAUCCUGCAGAUCCCGGCGGGGGCCACCCAGAUCCAAAUCCGGGAAAUGUCCCGCAGUCCCAACUAUCUGGCCCUCCGUACCCAGAACGGCAAGUCCAUCAUCAACGGCAACUGGGCGGUUAACCCUCCCGGACACUACGAGGCAGCGGGCACCGUCUUCGUCUACAGGGACCAGGAGGAGGGGGAGCUCCUGACGGCCGACGGACCCACCACCAGGCCCGUAGAAUUGUAUAUGAUCUUCCAGCAAGAGAACCCCGGGGUUUCCUACCAGUUCUUGCUGGCUCAGCCGGAGGAUUCCCACCGCAACGCCCGGAGGCCUCAGGAGGGGUUUGGCGCUUCGGCCGCGGUGGAGCCUCCAGCUGGCAGGGCACGUCAGCUGCCUUCGGCCCCCCGACGGGGCCCUGUCCCAGGCCAGCCGCCCCCCUCCUCUGCCUCAUGGGGCAGCCCCCGUGAGGCCCCUCCCCCUCCUGCCCCGGCCAGCCAAUCGCGGAGGAGCCUGGAGACUCUGCAGCGCAGCGCCCGGGUCCCACCCCUCCCGCCUCCCCCACCCCCCGUCCGGCUCCCCUCCGAACCCGGCCAGGAGUUCGCCUGGAGGCGGUUCGGCAACACGGAGUGCUCCGCCUCCUGCGGGAAAGGCUUCUGGAAGUCCGUCUACCGCUGCGUCUCUCGCGCUUCCCAGGAGGAAGUCGGGGAAGAAAAAUGCCACCAGAUCCCCAAACCACUUGUGGAGGAAGAGAUCUGCAACACGGAUCCCUGCCCGGCCUUCUGGGAUGCCGGCAAGUGGUCGGCCUGCAGCCGGUCUUGCGGCCCCGGAACCCAGCACCGCCAGGUCCUUUGCCGGCAGAUCUACGCCAACCGCACCACCAUGGUGCACCCCCAGCGCUGCGGCCACCUGGAGAAGCCGGAGGCUACCCAGGACUGUCAAGUCCACUUCUGCAGCCACUGGGAGGUCCAGUCCAACUGGAGCUCGUGCUCGGCCCUUUGUGGCCCAGGCCACCGGACACGCCGCGUGAGCUGUGUCAGUAACCACGGAGAGCUCUUGAGGGACACGGACUGUCCGGACAACCACCGGCCCCAGAGCAGCGAGCCGUGCACCAUGGGCCCUUGUGUGCGGAGCUGGUUUUACAGCGACUGGAGCAACACAUGCUCGGCUGACUGCGGCACCGGCAUUCAGCGCCGCUCGGUGGUCUGCCUCUCCGGCAACGCGGACGGGCAGGCGGACGAAGACUGCGCCACCCCCAGGCCCUCCGACAUGAGGGCUUGCGACGGAGGGCCCUGCCAACGGGUGACUCGGUGGUACAAGGGUCCCUGGAGCUCGUGCUCGGUCGAAUGCGGCUAUGGGACCCAGAGACGGGACAUCAUCUGUGUCAGCAAAGAGGGGACGCAGUUCAGUGUGACGGAGGCCGCUGAGUGUGCCCACUUGGAGAAGCCCCCUCCUCUCCAGCCCUGCGUCGGGACGGACUGUGAGGCCCGCUGGUUUUCCACCAACUGGAGCACAUGCUCUAGAUCCUGCAUGGGGGGCGUCCAGGUGAGAGAAGUCCAGUGUCUGACGCAGAACAAGACCUUAAGCGCUGGCUGCCCCCUCCACCUCAAACCAGCCACCAAGCGUCCUUGCAACAGCCAGCCCUGUCUUCCUUCGCUUGAUGCGGCCUGCCGGGACAAGUACCCCAACUGUGCGGUGAUUGUGCAAGCUCGUCUGUGUGUGUAUUCGUACUACCAGUCUGCGUGCUGCGUCUCCUGCUCACACGCCUUGGAGAGGCGGCAUGCGGGGAACCCCAGCCGGUAGCAUCGGCGGAUUCAGGCCAAGGGGGUCUGCCUCCUGCCCCCCUUGCUUCAAUGGGGGAAGGGAAGGGAGCCCCCAAGCUCCAGGAGGACCCACCAGCAUGUCUCCCAUAAGGAAGCCAAUCUUUUUUGGGGGGGCAUAGCCUCAGCACCCCAGCUUUUGCACUGGUGCCUCUGCAGCGGCAGGGAAGAGUGCAGAGCAAUGAGGCACGGAUUGGCUCAUGGACCUUGGAACUCCCCCCGGCUGUGGCACAUGGAGCUUCAGAGGAUUGGAGGCUUUGGAACCCCACAGCCCACCCCUCACAUACACACACACCCGUGAGGCCAACGCCGGAUGUCUGUUAUAUUCUUGCUACUGGUUUUUACCUCCUGGACACACCAAAGUUCUUUUCACCAAAGAUUCAGGAAAAACAGAAGAAGAAAACACACCGAGAAAGGAUCCAGUUGAGGGUCCAUCCCGGGAACCGUUUCCUGAAUUUGCAAAAAUUUAGUCUCUGGGAAGAAACAUCUGCGGCUCCAGAUGCAAGAAGCCCAGAGUGAAAUUUCAGAGUGCCUUUUUUUCAUGCUGCCUUGGAGUGGGGGGGAAAAGAGUGCUGUGCUUUUUGGCUUUCUAUACCAGGGGUCCCCCCCAAACAUGGCCACUUUAAGACUUGUUGACUUCAACUCCCAGAAUUCCCCAGCCAGCUUCUGGGAGUUGAAGU